UUAUCCUUGUUUAAAGUCUUCCGGCGUAGCAUUUAUGACGCAAUUUAUCAGUGGUAUACACACACUGAUUGGGAUUACUUCUGAGGGGGUGGGGUCAAGGUCAUAUUCACUUUAUCUAAAAUAGACAAAUGGUUUUCGCCAAAAUAUUAAGUAAGAAUUGAUGGAUAGUUAUGAAAAUUGGUGCGUAGAUGGCUUAUGUGAAAAGCUAGCUUGGAAAUUAUUUUGAAAGGGUCGGGAUCAAGGUCGCCGUUAGUGAAAUAGAAUAAUAGUGAAUAGAAAAAUGGUUUCCGCCCAAUUACUUUAGCUUGAAUUGAUCGAUAGUAAUAAAGGUAGGUGUCUAGGUAGUCAAUGUGAAGAGAUAUAUUUGAACUUUAGCCUUUGAGGAGGUUUGGUCGAGGUCAAGGUAACUGUUACUGCAAAUAGAAAAAAAACGGUUUUAGCCCAAUAAAUUAAGUAAGAAUUGAUGGAUUGUAAUGAAAGAUAAUGUGUAGGUAGCCUAUGUCAAGAACAAGCUUUGGAAUUCUUUUGAGGGGGUCGGCGUGAAGGUCAAAGUCACUGUUACUAAAAUCGAAAAAAAAAAGUUUCCGCCCAAUAGCUUAAUUUUAAAUAAAUCGAUAGUAAUAAAAGUAGGUGAGUAGGUGGUUUAUAUGAAGGUUACUGUUACUAUAAAUAGUAAAAAAAGGUUUUAGCCCAAUAAAUUUAGUAAGAAAAAAAGGGUCGUUUUAGCCCAUCAAAUUAAAUAAGAAUGGAUGGAUUGUAAUGAAGUAUGGCGAGUCGGAAGCUUAUGCGAAGAGCUAUCUAUGGAUUGCUUUGUGGGGGUUGGGGUCAAAGUCAAGGUCACUGCUACUAAAAUAGGAAAACAGUUUUCACCCAAUAACGUAAGUAAGGAUCGAUGAAUAGUAAUGAAAGUUGAAAUGCAGGUAGCGCUUGUUAAGAGCUAGCUUGGGGUUGCUUUUGAGUGGUCAGAGUCAAUAUCAAGGUCAAGGUCACUGUAACUUUUAAUAGAAAAAUGGUUUCCACCCAAUAACUUCAGUAAGAAUUGAUGGCCAGUAAUGAAAGUAAUUGCGUGUUGUGUUGCCCAUAAUGAUCAUACCACAAGAACAACAUAUGAUUUGUGAACAGAUUACAAAAUAUUAGCCUUUCUUUUAUGCUUUUCGAUGAAAUAUGGAGUUUUAUCAGUGAAAUAACAACAGUGAAAAGAUCAAUUUGAUAUUUCCAUUGCGAAAUAAGGAGUGAAAAUAUCAUUUUUCAGAACUACUUUUAAAAUACACUGCAGUUACUUCCCCUUGGCUUAACUAGACACGUCACUUUGAUCCAAAUAGAAAUAAAAAUAAUGAUUUAAAAUUCAAUAAAUGUUGCAUAAGUUUAAAUUAAGAUAUAUUUGGAAAUAAACAAUUUACCGUUUAUUAGAAAUAUGGUAAUCCUGUUUUCAUGAUGUUUGAAGCUGAAUGUUCGAACAUUUGCUUUCAAACAAAACAGACGGAAACAACUGCUCGAACAAAAAAUUUAAAGUUGAUGUUAAGUCACCUUUCAAAUAUCUUUUGGAACUUUUUAUCGUUGUAAUACGCAAUACGAACGUCCCUGAAAAUUUUAAAGUGCUUUCGCUGUUUUAUGAAAAAUAAAUGCAAAAGUUCAUUGUCCAUGAAAUGUUUAUACUUAGAAACGCGUGAAUAAUUAACUUUAUAAAAAAUAUCCGAGAACUUUUUCCCAACAAACUGUAAAUAGAAAACUAACACGAUGGUAACGGGAGUGGUGUCUUAUGGUGUGGAUGAAACUGGAGUAUCCGGAGAACACUCACUUUACCAGCACAGUCCUUAAAAUUAUUUCCGGAUCGGGGCAUCAGUAUCUGAGAAAAUAGCAAAAAUAAAUCUACUGUAGAUAUACAAGCAAAAAAAGCCACUUCCAAUAUCGACAAUGUUUUGGAACUGCAUUUUAUACAUCGACUUGUUUUUUUCUAUUAAUUGGGUUGAACAUUUUCGUUUUACGAAUGUCGGAGAAUGGCGACAUUCUUUUUACAACAAGGACUAAGUUGCAGCAUAACGUAAACAAGCACAGGAACGAAGUAUGAGAAGAUACACACGGUGAAGUAACUAAUAAUUGAGCACUCAAAGAAGUAAGAUUUUGAUGUUUUGAACUCGAUGUAAUAUUUCAUUCGAAGUUAUCUUUCCUGGGCUUACGUAAAUCAAAACGAACCAGAAGUUGCUUUAAAAACGAUAUACAAGUAAUGUCAACUUAACAGCUAGCAUAUUUAACAGUUGACCGGUAUGGCAAAUAGGCAUUUCAGAUAUAAACGACGACGAAUGGUCGGAUUCCAAGUAGUUUCCGUUGUUAGUGUGACACACUUCUAAUUUGAGUUUAAGCUCAAGAAAACACAAAUUUAAGUUAACAAGUUGGUUCUUUUUUACUUCCAUAGAUCGCUGUGCUAUGUGUCAGAGUUCCAGUAAUCGUAUUCUCAGACGACUUGCUGUUCGCUUCAUAUAAUAUUUUCUCUACGGAUGACCCACUUAUCCUGCGAAUCCUUCUGAAGGUUGCGUUUAUAUGCCCAUGAUUUGGAGGAGCCAUUAAUUGCAUGGAAUACAUUCCACAUGGGGUCAUGACAUUAUUGUUGGAAGGAAAAGGUGGACGAUAUUUGUAACAUUAACUUAGAAUGUCAAUAUCAUCCAUUGCAACACCGGGUGGUUUACCUCAAUUUGUUCGCCUUGACCCAAAACAUCGGUGCUUAAUAUGUCACAAUGUAGUUCGAAAUUCGAUGCAGACAAGUUGCGGCCACCGAAUCUGUGAAGACUGUGUGCCCAAAUUGUUUGAAGGAAAAAAUGAGCCUGUGAAAUGUCCAGCUGGUGAAGUGGAUUGUGAAGAACUUCAUAGGAAAGAUAUUACACCAGACCCAGGAGGACGUCGGGAAGUCAGAAACUUACCUGUUUUCUGCAUUUACAAACAGCUCGGAUGUGAGAAGCAAGUCAAAUGGGUCGAACUGGAUAGACAUGUAGAGUCCUGCGAGUACAGACCAGUCCCCUGCACACAUGAAAACCUUGGCUGCACAGAAAAGCUGCCCCACAACAGUUUGGAGAGACACACUACCCAGGAUUGCGAAUUCAGGCCCUUCCCCUGCAAAUACUGUGCCAUAAAUGUACCUCUGAAAUACACACAGGAACACCUACAAAAGCAGUGUGAGGAGGUUCCACUUGACUGCCCAUACAAAUGUGGUGCAAAGCGAUUGAAAAGACAACAGCUGAAUGCCCAUAUGGAAACAUGUGGAAGACGACCUAAAGAAUGCAGUUUUAAUGGAAUAGGAUGCUCGUAUCAGGGUACAGAGGUCGAGGUAGCAGCCCACAUGCAUGACCAGACGGAGCACCACCUCCAGAAACUAACACUCUUCACACAGGAGAUAGACCUGAAACACCUAGAGUUUCAGAGAAAAGUCACUGAUAUGAAUGAUGAGCAAGAAAGAAUGAAAACUGAUGUCAGAGAUUUAAAACAAAAAGUGGAACGAAUGACAAAUUCGAACAAAGAAGGAAGGCUGAAAAUGGUGAACCUGACGGAACGUGUAAUCCACCUGGAGAAGGUUGCUACAGAGACGGCACGGAAGGACGUGGUAGAGACACAGGGGCGGGAAAUCGUGGAGAACCGGACAGCCAUGGCCCAGGUGCGCACCCAGCUCACCGCAGUCGAGAGACUGGUACAGGAACUUAAACACAAGGUGGAGACUGGUGGUGGGGGUGCAGAAGUUGCUGAGCUAACACGUAAGGUUGCAUCCCAUGAGAGUCAGUUUGCCAACAUCGACAUCCAGAUGGCCGAACUUGACUUGCGUUUCCAGAUUUUGGAGACAGCGAGUUACGAUGGCCUGCUGCUGUGGAAGGUGCGUGACUACACACGUCGCAAAGCUGACGCCCUUGCAGGGAGAACUCUGUCCCUCUACAGCCAGCCGUUCUACACUCACAGAUAUGGAUAUAAGAUGUGCUCACGGGUGUACCUAAAUGGUGAUGGUAUGGGCAAGAACAGCCACAUGAGCCUCUUCUUUGUGAUCAUGAAGGGGGAGUUUGACAACCUGCUACCGUGGCCAUUCCGCCAGAAGGUGACCAUGCAGCUGCUGGACCAGGAUUCAGGCCAAACUAACCUGACUGACUCCUUCCAGCCUGACCCGACCAGCUCCAGCUUCAAGAAACCUUCGUCUGACAUGAAUGUGGCCUCUGGGUGCCCACUGUUUGUGGCGCACACGGUGCUUGAGUCACCAAAGUACAUCAAAGAUGAUACUCUGAUUUUGAAAAUUACUGUGGACUUGUUUAAUCUUCAACAUCCCUAAAACAGAACCUUGCUUGAUUCUGCAUACACAUCUGGGAUUAAUCUUCAUGGAUUUUGCUUUAAGUUUUGUACUGCAUCUUUGCCAACCUAAUCCAUCUUGUUGCACUAGAAUUACAGCGGGGGAUAACUUGAAUGGCAGGGAUGUGUUUUUUUUAAUUGAAGUUGCCAGUUAUGGUUCAGGUCUGAGAGAUGUAGUUUUAAGAACAAUAUAUAGUCUGCUAUUUGAUAAAAAAAAUUCAUUUGAUACCAACCUGAAUGAUAAGAAAAACAUUUUUGAAAAUUUAUUAACCUGGGUAAAAUUGCUGGUGUAUGGAGCAUCAAAAGCUGAAUAUAUGUUUAUUGAAAUGAUGUCCUGUUUCUUUUUAAAAAGCAGAGAAGGGCUUUUAAACACUGCAAAAGUAAUUACAUCUGUCAAAUUUAAAAUGUUUAUUUACGGUAUUUGAACAAUUUUGGCAAAGAAACUGUUGAAUUGAAACACAAUUUUGAGCCCUUGUGCAGAGGAUUUAAUAAAGUUGUAUUAGUUUCUGAAUGGACAUAAUACUUACAAUUAGCAUUCUGUUAUAAUGUUGUUUCAAAAAUUAAAACUUUAAUUCUUGUCAUUGGCAUAACUAAUUUAAUUAAUCAUAUGCCUUCUUGUGGUUAAUAGAAAUUUAUCAGCAGGUAGAACUAAUAUAACUAAAUAUAGUGAAAUAACGUUUAAUAUUGGUCACUGUUCAGCUGUCAAAAUCAGCACAACUUCAGCUUGUACAAAAUAUCAAUGACACAAUUUUUGAAAUUACAUGAUGUAAAAAAAUAGUUGGCUCCUUUUCAAAAACAUACUAUUUAAUGUCAUUUUAAAUGAAUUUUAAUCAAAAGAUAACAACUCUGAUGUUAAUAUUGAGACAAAAAUGAUUUAUCAGGAAAUUAAUUAAUUUUCAUUCAGUCACUUGUGUAUCUUUAAAAUCCAAUGAUCUGCUUUGCAUUGUAUAAAAGCUGAGCUUUGUAUACACAAGACUAAAAUAGUUUCGAAGUAAAAGUAUGUGUUGCAAGUUAGAUAUUUUCUUGGACUUAUGUUUUAUUUCCAGUGUGUACUGUACUGUGAAUUUAUAUAUAAUGGAGAGUAAAAAAUAUGUGUAGAAAUCAAACGCAAAGAAAAAUCUGUUUAAUCUCAACAAAAAACUUGUAUUUAUAUGAAUAAGUGGGAAACAUUUUGAGAGAAAUAAUCAGAAUCAAUCUUUAUUUUCCAUAUCAUAGCACAGCUCUACAUAAUAGCAAGUGUUGAUUAUAACUGCGUAACAUUUUCUCAUCAACCAGAAAUGUUUUGUUUUUAAAAAAAAACGACUGCUGCAAAUUAUGAGUUAUGAAUGUUUAGCUAUGUUAAAAGUACAAACACACAAGAAAGAAUUGUACAUGGAAAGAAAUUGCUGAUUAAUACAAAUUUCUUACUAGUUCUGUUUGGGAACUUACAAGCAUUAGUCUGAAUUUUAUAGUUUGAGGAGAUAUUUUAGUGAUAAUGUCGUGUACUAAACAGGCCGGCACUUGAUUUAUUUGAUUAUUUUGUUUUGGUGUAAUUGUUUAAGUGAAAGAUAUGACAGUUCAUACAAUAAGUGAAUGCAUCAAAAUAUGUUUAGCCAUUACAAUUAUGUCUCCCCAAUGGGGAGACAUAUUGUUUUUGCCCUGUCUGUCAGUUAGUCCGUAAAUCAGACUUUCACCUAGAAAAUUCAUACUUGGUCAUGCCAGUUAGUCUUGACUUGUUGAUGACCCCUAUUGCUUUGGAUAAGUAGGUCAAAGGUCAAGGUGGUGGUAUAGGUCAUUGUGACUGUGAGGUAAAAAAAUGGUUUCAGCUAAAAAAACUAAAGAAUGCUUGCACCCUUGAACUUAGUAUGUAAAAGGUCAAAGGUGACCUUGAGGGAAAGUAACAGUUUCUGGUACAUGACUUAUGAAUGCUUGGGCCCAGGAACUUAAUACCUGGUUUGCUAGUUGGUCUUGAUAAGUAGAUGACCCCUAUCAAUUUUGAUGUUAGUAGGUAAAGGUCAAAGUACAAAUUUUAUGUCCAUCAUUGAUUAUUUCUUGCCUAUGACCACACAAUUGGGGAGACAAGCACUUCUCAAAAAAGGAAUCUGUAGUUGUCUUUGGUAUUAGCAAUAAAUGUUCACUGCAUCUGUUUAGAGCCAUUCUGAGUGCACCACUGAGCAAAUGUUCAUAGAAUAAAUGUUUGUUUGAACAAUUGAGAUUAACACUGCCAUGAACUUAAAUCUUAGCAAUUGACUCACUUUAGUUUUGCAUUAAUUGUUCUUUGUACAAAGAGCGAUUAACCUUUAUAGUGUUUGAUACUUUUAUCAGUAUAUAAAUUUAAAAACGUAGAUAUAGAAAAUCAUGAGAACUUUCUCAACUGAGGAGUUUCUACAGAACGAAACAAUAUAUAAUAUGAAGUUCAUACUUAAUAAGCUAUUCUUAUGAAUUGUAUAAGCAAUUGGAAACUGCAUUGAUUUCAAUGCAACUUCCAUGGUUAAGUUUGGAUGGUAUUACAUAUUGUCUUGAGAUGGAGACUGUAGUCACAAUAUGCUCUGUUUGGUUUCACACUCAGUUUAGCAUUAAAGAUAGGAUAUGUAUUAUGGUAUAUUUAAACAGGGAUAUAUAUAUAUCGAUUAAUAGAACCAUUUUAUUAUUCCUUGGUUCUCAUUCAUGAAUCAACUAAGCAUAUAUUCUGCAAAAACUUCAUGCUAAAGUUGCCAUUUGAAAUUCAGUAUGCUUUUUUGCAAAGCUUUUUUUUCAUUUACAGCUUAGUAUAUAAAAAUAAGUCAAUUAAAUUCAUUAUAUGAAUAAGAAAUUUUCUAAAAACAAAAUGACUUAAAAUUAGAGUGCACAAGUCAACCUAUUUUGCACCUUGAAUUUCUGUUUAAAGUAUAAAUUUGUAAUGAUAUUGCAUUGCAAAUCAACAUUUUUUAAUGCUAAUAUGAAUGUAUAUUGCAUCUUUCAUUGAUUCUUCACUACAUGGUACACUCACACUUUCACCAUUCACAUAUUAACCAUGUCAUGUAAGGCAUGUAAGUUAAUGUAACAUAAGAUCUUUUUACGAGGCACAAUAAUCUGAUAUCGCCACAGGCACCAGGAUCUGAUCUUAAUGGAAGCCACAAGGAAACACAGCCAAUUUUUGAAAGUUGUAGGAGAAAAAGCAGACCUUAUAUUUAUUAUUUAAAUAUUGUUUAUCAAUAAAUGAUAUGGUUUCUUCCUUUAACAGUCAGCAAAAACCAGAGUUCUUUUGGAUAUUAAACGCAUUUAAGUUCAAAGGUGGCUUAAAACAAAAACAUUGAUUCCAAAACCAGAAUUGGUAUUUGAGUUAGUGCAAGUAUUGCUGGUACUAGCAGGAGCAUACGUGUCAACCUUAAAUGUGUAAAUAUGAAACCAAGAACCCUAUGCACACAUGUUUCAGGUUCUAUAACUCUGGUUCAAAAUCUGUUGAGUUAUGACCCUUAUCUGAAAAAAAUAACACCUUAUUUGUGUCUGUAUGUUAUGUUUCAUCCAGCAAUAACUCUGGUUUAAUAUCUGUUGAGUAAAGACCCUUGAUUGUCUGAAAAGAGAACACCUCAUUUGUGCUCUUGUCUGUAUGUUUUGUUUCAUCCAGCAAUAACUCUGGUUUAAUAUCUGUUGAGUAAAGACCCUUGAUUGUCUUUAAAAGAACACCUCAUUUGUGCUCUUGUUUGUAUGUUUCAUCCAGCAUUAUCACAUUAUCUCCGCUCGUUACCUUUUAUCAUAGGAGUAUUGUCUAUUUCAAAUACUAAAUAAACGAUGUGCUUAUGAACUUUUCUCCAGAUGUUUUUUAUGGAGAUUAUUGAAGUACUUUCAGUAACAGUUUGUGAUGUUUUAGCACUUAUACCAAAUUUUGAAGCAGCAGUCUUUUAAAGAUCUUAUUCCGAAGAACAUGGUUGCUGGCUAUUUGAAAUGAGACAAUGUUUCAUCAGUCUUGUAUAUUCUGACUUUGUCUCAUAAUGGGCUGUUUUUUCACAUAUCAAAUAGUCAUUUUGAAGAUUAUUGGUAUUGUUUAGUAGAUUAUCAAGUGAAUACCAAGGUUUAUUGUUGAUUUAUGCUGUUUGCCGCAGACUCCAUAUGAUAGAUGUCAAAUAUAUAAUAUAAAUAUUAUCUUUAUAUUUAACCCAGAUAAGAGACCGAAAUUUUUCCCGAUUUAAUAAAAAAAAUCAACCAUUUCUUUACUAUCUGAAUUGUAACAUUUAACAUCUUUCCUAAGAUAUCAUUUCUGAUGCUGGACUUCCGUUAAACUUGUAUCCCUAAUGGUACAUAUCGCAUAUUAUCCUUAUUAGUUAUGUUUAGCCAAGUUAAAUUGCAAAAUAAAACUACAUACAUCUAUCGCAAUAUGUGUAAUUAUGAUUGAAUAAUCAGAUGUUACGUAUGUCUGUUAGGUAAAAGGUAAAUUUAGGGAAAAACAGCCAAUUCUCAUGAUAUUAUAUGAAGUCUUUAUAAGCAGACUUUCAAUAAAUUAUUUUGAAAUUCUUGCCGAGAUUAAAAAAAAGAGUAUUUUUUUAGCAAGUUAUUGUGUAUGUCAUAUUUUCUGACAGUAUGUUCAUUCAUAGUUAUGUACAUAAGUUGUUUCAUGUACCUUUAUAAUUUGAAGCAAGUCCAAUCCAUAAUAUCUGUCAAAAAAGGGUUUCAAAUACCUCUAUACUAACAGGGAGUGUUCAUAUAUUAUAAUGAAACAAUUGACUCUUCAUAUGAGUCUUCAUCACUGACAAACUCACUGUGUAUAUGUUAUAUGUCUUGCAUUGUCUAUCUGUAUGACUGGACAUAAUUAAAUGUUGAUGAUUAACAGUGAAGUAGAUUGAAAAUGAUAUAUUCUGAUGCACCAUACAUCAGCACUUUUGUAGGAUUCAUAGUGUUAUGACCAAUCUGGACUACUUAAAGGCUUCCUAUAAAUUUGUGCUUAAUGUUGAGCAAAGGCGCAACAAGGCUAUCGAGCAUAGAAGAUUCAUGGAUCAUUUAUGAUUAAAGAGAAGCUGCUUUUGAAUUUCAAUCAUCUCAAAAGAUCAAAUGCAAAUGUUUACAGUACUGUCACUAUUGAAUUGAAGAAUGAUUUCAAUAAGCAAUAUGUGAUUUUUAAGGAGCAAUGCUAUGAAAUAAUAAUGUCAAAAUUAAACCAAUUUAAGUAAACUGGUUUUAAAAGUUUAUGCUUGUUGAUGGAUUGUCAGAAAUCUAGCCAACCAAUCCUUGUACAGCGAUUGUCUGUCAGUCGUUCUGUAACUACUGUCUUAUUAUAGACCUGUCUUUCUGGAGAGAAAAGAGGCAAAGGUUUCGCUGCCAGAGUGCAUGUCUCAAAAACUGCUCCGUAUUUUCGAUGACAGAUGAGCAUUGGCAUUUGCUCCAUGGCGCUCUUGUUCAUUCAUAAUCAUUGCUUCAUUUUUAAGCAACUUUUUGCAGAAUGACUUAUUUAAAACAAGUCAUGUUUGUAAUGUGGCCAACCUGUUGCUGUUGUUCAAUGCAAGAAGAUGGUUAGGUUGGCAAUGAGUUCAUGUAGCAGAUUAGUUCUGCAAUAAAACAGAUUAUAUAUUAAUGCCAUGUGAUUUAUGUGAUACCUUUGUUAGUUGCCCACUAAAAUUGUCAUAGCGAUUUUUAUGUGUUUUGUGACUGCCUAUGUAUAUGAUGUUAAUUUCAUGAAAAAAAGUUUUCAAGCUUUUUGGCAAGACAUUGUAAAUAAUGCUUCUGUUUUGCUUUUUUUGUUUUUCCUUAUUCAGUAACAUUUUAAGUAUACUGCAGUAUCAGAAGUAGUUGCUGGUUUUGGAUAUAUAUAUAUAUAUAUAUUAUUGAUUGUCAUUUGUAUCAUUUGUAAACAGAAAAUAAUUUAAAUUACCCUGAGGAAAAAAUAAGGCUUGAACAUUAAUUCGCUAGUAUUGGUUUUACAUUAUGUACUGAUAUCAAUUUUAGAAGCUAUGCCACUUAGUUGUUGAGAGUCAGAAAAAAAUCUUGAUGAUAGUCAUAUAUGUACUAUAUUUAAAAGUUUAUUUCUUUUUAUGAAACUGUAGCAUGUUUGUAUUUAUUUCAGGAUAAUCAGGCUGGCUCUAAGUAAGACUUUUGAACACCUUUGAAAACCAGCCUUUCUGCAUUUGAGAUUAUUUUUGAUGAUUGUUACCCAUUUUUAAUUGUGCCUAGUUUUGACACACUAUUAUGCAUAUGUGUGAUUUUUUGUGAAACAAUGCACUCCAAAAACUAUAACUGGGCUGACUUGGGCUCAAUUAAAUGAAAAGAAUCUUCAUAGAAGAAUAUCGCCCUAAAAUAUUGUAAUAGUGGUGAGAAAAAUAACGCAAACAUGGACUAACUGAUCAAGUUUUAUGGCUGAACAGACAAUAUUGUUAACAGAUAUAAAAUGAAGGAAUUGUUUCUCCCAAAAUACUACUUGAAAUAAACAAUAUUGCAGAGGGAAAAGUAUGAUAAAGUUCAACUGAAAUAAUGAACAAAAUGAGCUGCAUGUCAGUGCUACAAUAAGAGCAGAGGUUAGAGUGCACAUUUGUUACAAAGCAAAUCUUGAAUCAUAAAGGUAAGUACAUUUAAUCAUGAUUAUUAGGAGUGUCUCCUUUGUGAAUCUUGAUGAUCUAAAUGUUUGAAUGACCGUUUUGCUAUGAGCUAUUUAAAGUCUUACCCACCUGACUAAAUUUAAUUGUGCCAGAGAGCUGUAAGAUAAUUUCCCAAAAUAAUAUGCUUUUCCAACCUUCUCAUGUUUGGCAAUAAGCAAGAAGUUGCUUGCCUUCUAAAACCAACUAGUAGUAGAAGUACAUUUAUCUUUCAUCCAGUAUCUUGAUCCAGUAUCCAGGUAUUAACAAUCAUUCAAUAACAUUGAAAGGAAAAAUUGAAUACUUAAUUUGCACAAGUUGCCAUGGUGUUCUGAAUGGGUCAUGAAAAGUGAGCAUUUAUCAACUUAAUCAUAUCUUCUAUUUUAAUUUCAGACUUUAUUUUAUUUUAAGUUGUAGUUUAUGCUGUAUUAAAUCACUACAAGAGUCUGCAAUUUAAGUUUGCUUUGGUUUUAUGAUUUGUAAAUGAUUAAGUGGCAUAGCAGGUUUUUUUUUUUUUUUUCAGACCUUUCAAAAUACCCAAGUACUUAAAUUAUUUUCUGAUAACAUGUCUUUGUUGUGUAUAAUUGCAUGAUGGUAACAUAGUUAUUUUUUGUUAUUGGUGAGUUGCUCAUUCCAAGAUUUUAAAGAUACUCAUAAACACUUUUAAAAGCAGUGUAGUGGAGCAUAUACAUAUUAAAUUAUCUUGAUAAAUGAAAAAAUUAAAAGCCCACAGACAUGUUAUGAAGUUGUCAAGUUAUCUUUACACAGACAUAUUUUAUGAAAGGAUGAUAUAAAUGUUUACAGGUCACUGUACGUGUUCAUAUUUAACUAUCACAGUCUGAUGCAUUGAUGUAUUUUAUAACAUGUUUGUAUGUACUUUACUAUCACACUUAUCUAUCACAGUAUUUUGCCACAUAAUCUUUAGUUUUUGUUAGUUUUUGUAUUUCUUUAGAAUGAUGACAUUAAUUUUGUUUGAAAGCUUCAUUUUUCUCUAUGAUUGUUUUAUUUUUUAAAAUUGGUCAUCCUUUCUGUGUUUUCUUAAAGAAUAUGCUUUUUUGUAUUUGUAUUUUUCAUUUUGUAGGCUAUUUUCUUUUUUCUCCAUUUUCAAACCGUAACGUUUGUUUGUUUAGUAUAAUGUUUCAAACUUAUAUUCAGUUUUUAUACCCCUGACAAACAAAGUUUGUUGGGGUUUUAACAUCCAUUCUACGUUAACUCAGCAUUUUCGCAUGUGUAUCCUAAGUUAAAAUGACACAUCAAGAAAGUUAUUUUUCUUUAUUUCAUUCAAAAGAGUAAGGUUUUAACUUAAUAUAACUGAACGCCGUGGGUCCAAACAGGCCCUAAUUAACAAACAACACAUCAGCUUAUGAACACAUUAAAGCUGCACUCUCACAGACACAACGCUUUUACAACUUUUUUAUUGUUUGUUUUAAAAACAGCAAAUUUUUGUGUAAAUAUCUACAAAUCAAUGAUAAAAGAUUGCUGACAAAAGAUCAGUUCGCAGAUUUUCAUAUUUCUGUUAGAAAAUUAAUGUUUUAUGGCUUAAACCGUUACUAACGGUUUAAGAAAAAUGCAUAAAACAUCAAUUUUUUAACUUAAUAAUAUAAAAAUCUGCAACCUUAUUUUUUGUCAGCAGUCUAAUAUAACUGAUUUUCAUGCAUUUACGCAAAAAUUGGUUCGUUCCAAGACAAAAAAAUAAAAAGUUCGCAAAAAGUUCAAUCUGUGAGAGUGCAGCUUUAACUAUUGUAAGAUACGUUUUAGAUUUUUUAAUAUACAAAUUAUAGUAUGAUGAACAUAGUCAAAACACAAUAAUUCUGUUUUAAAACAAGCACCAGUCAUAUUGAAAUAGAUAACUAUGAAAAAUCUGUAGUCGGUCAAUCAAACAUAUUUUAAAUAUUAAUUGUUAAGUAUUCUGUUUGUCGAAUUCUACUGAACAUUAUUUUCUAGUGCUUUCAAUAAUGGGUAAAAUAAAGUAAGGGAGGUUAUAAUUUAUAUUUAGUUAUGAUGAAAAACUCCAACAUUUUACAUUGCUAAAUAAUAUACCGUAUUUCACCUUCGAGUUUGGACACCUUUAAAUAAUUAUUUUUUUUUUGCUGUCCGAAUUCAUAGAAAAUUACCAUUUUUACAUUUUAUCUACAUGUAUUUUAAACCUGCUUUUUUCUUCAUGUUUGCAUUUUACCACUUAUUAAUUUAUCCGUAGUUAUCAAUGGUCAUAAACUUAGUUAUUACGCCUAAGUGUAAAUCCUUCAUCAAGUUAAUUAAAAUCCCAUUAAACACCAUUUUAUAUAUGCAUUGAAAUGAAUAAACACAUUCUAUCGGCUUCAGAUCAAACAAUCACACUGUGUGACGUCACAUAACUCACAGUUAUGCCCACGAGGAUCUCGCGGAGAGCAUGGACAUUGCUAAGCAGGAUUAAUGUGUUAGAGUGGUGUUUUCGAUAGUAACUUAAGUAUUUCAUUUCAAACUUUAAUUUAUCACAUUAAUUAGUAACCUAUAUCAUUGAAUGUGUUACUUUUAUUGAUGUUUCAAUAAGUAUAACUGUACGAUUGCUUCUUAACAGUCUAUAUUAUAAAGUGUGGUACAAGUUUCAAAGUUUAUUGGCAGAAAUAAAUGUCAUGUCUUUGUUUUCCUUAUCCCUUGAUUGCUCUUGUUAUAACCCGCCUUGAAAAGGCGAGGGGAUAUAGUAAUGGUAGGCGCGAUUCCGUGCGUGUGUGUGCGUCCGUCCGUCCCACAUUCAUUUCUUUGCAUCUUCUCUUACAUUUCUUAUGCGAUUUCUACAUAACUUUCACUGAUUGAUAACCAUAAAGUGAAGCAGCGCAUAUUGUCGGGCUUUUGCGAUUCGACCAUUUUUGAAAGAGUUAUAGCCCUUUGUUUAUUUUACAUUUAAAAUUGGUUUCUUCGCAACUCUUCUUACGUUUUUCAUGCGAUUUCUACCAAACUUUCACAGAUUGAUGAUCAUAAAGUGAAGCAGCGCAUAUUGUCGGGCUUUCCUGAUUUGACCAUUUUUGAAAGAGUUAUUGCCCUUUGCUUAUUUUACAUUUAAAAUUGGUUUCUUUGCAACUCCUCUUACGUUUUUUCAUGCGAUUUCUACCAAACUUUCACAGAUUGAUGACUGUAUAGUGACGCAGCGCAUAUUGUCGGGCUUUCGCGAUUCGGCCAUUUUUGAAAGAGUUAUUGCCCUUUUUUUACAUUUAAAAUUGGUUUCUUCGCAACUCCCCUUACGUUUUUCAUGCGAUUUAUACGAAACUUUCACAGAUUGAUGACUAUAUAGUGACGCAGUGCAUAUUGUCGGGCUUACGAGAUUCAGCCAUUUGUGAAAGAGUUAUUGCCCUUUUUUACAUUUAAAAUUGGUUUCUUCCCAACUCGUCUUACGUUUUUCAUGCGAUUUCUACCAAACUUUCACAGAUUGAUGACUAUAUAGUGAUGCAGCGCGUAUUGUUGGGCUUUGGCGAUUCGACCAUUUUUGAAUGAGUUAUUGCCUUUUCUUUAUUUUACAUUUAAAAUUGGUUUCUUCGCAACUCCCCUUACGUUAAUGACUAUAUAGUGACACAGUGCAUAUUGUCAGGCUUUUGCAAUUUGACCUUUUUUGAAAGAGUUAUUGCCCUUCCUUAAUUUUACGCAUUUCUUAUGUUCCAGAGAAACUACCCUUACCAUUGAUUGGCUUUCGUUACAAAAAAUGUCCCUAUAAGGCGGGGGAUAUAGCUGUCUGUGACUGUGACCGCUCUUGUUGUUUCUUUAAUUCUCCAAUAUAUAUUUCACACUUCCUCUUUCUACAGGCAAUAAAUCUUUUAGGAUGGGUAGUAACUAAUUAACUUGUCACAGUGGUGUAUAUGGUUUAAUAAGUUAUCUAGCCAGGCAUUGUAAAGAUAAAAAUCAAUAAUCUUCGUCUGUGAAACUUGGUAACUGUGAAAGUUAUGAUUGAUGUCCUUUUGGUGUCCGAAAAUUAGGUACGCAAUAUAAAUUAUUUUUGAAAAUAAUUAUGGGGGUCCGAAUUUUAAGAGUGUCCGAACUCUAAGGUGAAUUACGGUAGUUUAUACUUAUGCAUAUUUUAUCUUGUAGGAGAAAUAAUAUAAUUAAUCCUUAAAGACCAAAAUAACGUAUCUUACAUCUUCAGGAAUAUUUACCAACAGGCAUAAAAUGUCAUAAGAACUUUUCAGAUCCAACCCAUGUCAAUGUGAGAAUAGUUAUGAUUUGUUUUCAAACAGUUACAUCAGAAUAACCGAAUAAAAUAAAAGAAUAAAAGUUAUAAACGUUGACACUGAAUAUAUAUGUCCAUAGUUUAGUCGUUCUAAUAGUUUGUCUUUAUUUGUAUAACCUUAACCACAUAUCAUUCUAUUACAUCAAAUAUAAUGUAAGGCUGUAAAUAUUUACAUGAGCAGUAAGCUUCCUCUUUGUAACAUAUAAUCUUUGAUCUAAUUUAGCCUUUAAACUAAUUAAAAUGCUUAUAAUUAUUUGCUUAACGUACCUGAUUAAAAUAUCUUACUUUUUAUGCCCCCGAAGGUGGGCAUAUUAAAAUCGCACCGUCUGUCUGUCCGUCCGUCCGGCUCUGUAACUUUCCCUUGUAUGGACAGAUUUUAAAAUAACUUGCCACAUGUGUUCCACAUACCAAGAUGACUUGUCGCGUGCAAGACUCGUGUCCCUACCUCAAAGGUCAAGGUCACAGUGUUUAUUCACAAUGGAGUGCUGCAUAUAAGGACAUAGAGUAUAGGUUGUCGUGUCCGGGAUGUAACUUUCUCUUGUAUGGACAGAUUUUAAAAUAACUUGCCACAUGUGUUCCACAUACCAAGACGACGUGUCGCCUGCAAGAUCCGUGUCCCUACCUCAAAGGUCAAGGUCACACUUAGUGUUUAUUCACAAUGGAGUGCUGCAUAUAAGGACAUAGAGUAUAUGUUGUCGUGUCCGGGCUGUAACUUUCUCUUGUAUGGACAGAUUUUAAAAUAACUUGCCACAUGUGUUCCACAUACCAAGACGACGUGUCGCGUGCAAGACCCGUGACCCUACCUCAAAGGUCAAGGUCACACUUAGUGUUUAUUCACAAUGGAGUGCUGCAUAUAAGGACAUAACAGUGUAGGUUGUCAAGUAUGGGUGGUAUUUUUUUAUGUUCAGAGGCAAUUUAAAAUAACUUGCCAUAUGUAUUUGACACGUACAGUCAAACCUGGUUGAACGGUCACCUGCUUUAAAUGGCCACCUGCCUUAACGGGCCACUCCAAAUUCCCCCCUUACGUUUUUACUAUAUAAUGUACGUGCAUUAAGCGGCCAACUGUCUAACGCGGCCACGGCCACUAUUUUUUGUCCCCAUGAAGCCAUAUAAUCACUAAUUAGCGGCCACUAAUCCCUUGUCACUGACACUUCCGCUUUUAAAUUUUUCCAAUACACAGCUUUAAUUGCGCAUAGAAGUUUACGGAAAAGAACGACGGCCUCGGGUAUCUCCGUCAUCCAAUGAAAAUGAAUAUUGCAUCACACGAUUGCCAUGCGUGUUUACUCAUCAAGAAAUCAUGUUUAUAACACGUCGGCGAAUGUUUUGAUCAGAAUUGACACAAUUAAUGACACAAUUAAUACGAUAAUUAAAUAAUUAAGAUAAGAAGUUAAUUAUUAAAUACCGACAAAAACACCGGUUAUUAUGAAUUCACAGUGUGCAUUGUCAUUCGACGGCGUGAAACGAGUUACGAUUUUUAUUCACUUCAAUAUUAUUUUUCUAAGUGCACGGAUUUAUAUUUCUACGAACGGAUAUUUACAAUGCAUUGUUGUUGAUAUUUUUUUUAACUUUGAUUAUGGCUGAAAAAAAAGACUAAUCGAAAGUGUUUGACUCUAAAAGAACGUGUCGAGUGUGUAAAGUUAUUAGAAAACGGCCGUAAUGCAAGAAUGUUGCCAAGGAUGUUAACUGUGAACGGACUCAAAUCAAUUUCUUACUUAAGCGUAUGCGUGAAAUUGUGGAGGAAUAUGAAAGCAAUGGAAAUCCAAAGGCAAAAAGACAGAGUAAAAUUACGGGAAAUGUGUAUGCACAUGUAGUUGUGUAAAUGUGCAAACUGAUCUGUGGUGUGUUUUGUUAAUGCUAUGCAUCAACAUUUAUUUAAUAUACGGACUACUUUAAAAAGUGAACUAAAAAUGUGUAUAUACAUGUAGUUGUGUUAAUGUGUAGACUGAUAUGUGGUGGUGUGUUUUGUUUAUGCCUUGUAUCAACAUUUAUCUAAUGUAUUUUAUUUAUAAAUUUGAAAUAAAGUUUUUUAUUUAUA